AUGGCUGCUUCGCGCAAUCAGGCCGCUCAUGGGCAGCAUGCGUACCCUGAUCCUGUGCUGUCGGGUGCCUCUAAGAAGAACAAGAAGAAAAAGAAGGGCGGCAAAGGAAUUGCGGAUAUGGAUAUUCCUCCGGAGCCCGUUCCGGCACCUCGAACGACAAAUGAGUACCAGCAAGCCAUACAGGCUCAGCUGGCACAAAUGUCUGGUCGUUUAGAGGAGAUUUUAUCACCUUUGAGUGAUGACGGCCAGGAACCGUAUUCGGAUGAUGAAGAAGGACGGGAACAUGUCAUGAUCACUGGAGAGGGUGCUUUUUCUAUUCCGCAAGGUGAUUUGGAGUUUGAGUAUGAGGAUGGGCAUAUGCCUCCCCUAGGAGGACUACCUGCACCUCCCGGUGGUGUGAGCAAGAAAAAGAAGAAGAAGAAGAAGAAGACUUCAUCGACUACUAUUCAUGCUGGAGAGGAGAUUGCUCGUUUCACCAUCCAUCAUCCUCCACAACAUCAUCGUCAGCACCGCGAGGGAAUUUGGAAUACAAGCUCGAAUGAGGAGAGGCAGAGAAUCAAGGAGUUCUGGUUACAGUUGGGAGAGGAAGAAAGAAGAAGUCUAGUCAAGGUGGAGAAGGAGACGGUGUUGAAGAAGAUGAAGGAGCAACAGAAGCAUUCAUGCUCGUGCAGCGUGUGCGGACGCAAGAGGUCUUGGAUCAGAACAGCCAUCGAGGAAGAACUCGAAGUGUUAUAUGAUGCAUACUAUCAAGAACUCGAGCGAUACGCUAACCAUCAGCAAAAGUUCGACCUUCUGCCUCCUGCGCAAUUUCCUUCGCCGCCGUUGAACUCAAGGUCCCCACAUCACCGCCCUGAUCACCAUCACCACCAAAGCCCUCAACCUCCUCGACAGCUACCUCCACCUCAGCAUCAUCAUCACGACCACGACCACGAACAUGAUCAUGAUCAUGAUCCAGAGGAAGAAUACGAUGACGAGGACGAUGAUGACGCGUACUCCGAUGAGUUAUCAGAUGACGAAUAUUCUGACGAUGAUGUUUCUUCCUCUGUAGCCGACGCAGGUUCAAAUCGCGGCGGCCGGUCUAGACCAGCAGAUUUCUUUAAUUUUGGUAAUUCACUGACCGUGAAAGGUGGUAUACUAACCGUAGCGGAUGAUUUACUGAAAAAUGACGGAAAGAAAUUCAUUGAGAUGAUGGAGCAACUGGCUGAGAGAAGGAUGCAAAGGGAGGAGGAAGCGGUAAUGGAUGCACGGGAUUAUGAUGACGACGAUGACUAUGACGACGAGGAGGACGAUGAGGACUAUGAUGAUGAGGAUGAGGAAGCGGAGGUAAUGACGGAAGAGCAAAGAAUGGAAGAGGGCCGUCGCAUGUUCCAGAUUUUUGCAGCAAGGAUGUUUGAACAGCGCGUUCUGACAGCUUAUCGUGAGAAGGUCGCACAAGAGCGGCAACGGAAACUUCUUGAGGAACUCGAAGAGGAAACCCGUCUGAAACUGGAACGUGACGAGAAGAAGGCCCGAGAGAAGCAGAAGGCGAAGGACAAGAAGAAGCAGCAGAAGUUGGCCAAGGAGGAGGAGCGUGCGAAGAGGGAGGCUGAGAAAGCGGCCGCUGAGGCAGCAGCCAAGGCAGUUGAACAGGCUAAGCAGGAAGAGACAAGGAGGAAGAAAGCCGAGGCUAAGGCGAAGAGGGAUGCUGAAAAGAAGGCAGCAGAAGAGGAGAGGAAGACACGGGAAGAAGAACGCAGGAAACGCCAGCAGGAAGAGCGGGAUCGUGAGGCUGAGGCUGAGCGGAAACGCAAGACUGAGAAGGAGGAGAAAGAGCGUCAGAGGAAGGAGGAACAGGCGAGAAAGGAGAAGGAGGCCAAGGAAAAGAAGGAGCGGGAAGAACGGGAAAGGAAGGAGAAGGCUGCGACGGCGGCUAAGGCUGCGAGCGUGAAAGCUGCUGUACCUGCUGUUCCGUCUGCAACUUCACCGACCAAGGCACCGGCUGCGCCGGCUGCUCCCGCGCAUAUUGCAGCUCCUAUCCACACUCCAUCUCACGUCAGUACUCCACAUGCAUCGACCCCGGCCACCCCAGCAAGGAUGCCGCCUCCUGGUUUAUCCGCGCCUGCCGUUCCGAUGUCACCACCUGUCGCUGCUCCGGCAAGUCUCGCACCGAUUGGCACACCUCGGACGCACAACGACCUUCCGCCACAUCGUCCUUCACCCAUGGGUCAACCCGGUCUCGAGUCGUCUGCUUCGCUGUUGAACAACCGUCCGGUCAUGAACGGCGUUCCCUUGGGCUUCCCUAUGCCUAUUGGGGCUCCUCAACAGGCGUUCCGUGGGUUUGCACCUACAAGUGUGGCGCCGGGUGCAGGUCGGCCAUUGCCCCCUCCCGGUGUGCCCCAUCCGGCUUUCGGUGGAGUAGGUUCCAUACCCAUCCCGAUGAGCAACCCCAUCCUCCCAGGGCCUAUUGGUCCCCUGCCUUCUAGCGGUUUCGCUGCGUCGAGCCCUGGGAAGUCAGGUACUCCGCCUUUGCACCAUGCUUUCGAUGAAGCGCCAAAGCCUAUUUCCCGGCCGGCCCCUAUUCAGAGGCCCAGUGCGGGCACCAUUGGUUCGCCAUCGAAGGAGGUCGAGGAGCUCAGUCAUGUUUUGGGAAGCCGUGCACUCUUGGAAGACGAUGAUGAAGAAGAAAUUAUUCCUCGUGAUCGUCGUACAAGUCAAGCGCCACCAAGCUUGCCCAGGACGUCAAGCAUGUCCAUCUUCGGCGGUAACAGCUUAUUGCCCGAUCCUAUCGGUGCGUUGAAGAGUCCAGAUAUGAACGGUCACAGGUCUGGCAGUGUCGACCAAGUCUGGGGCUCGCCUUUAGGUCUUGGAGGUAACAUGUGGUCUAUGAACGCUGGUGGUUGGCCAACAGCUGAGCCUCAGCCAUUCGGUGUUGGACCUGACGAGCAGGCUACCUUGCGUGACCGCGCACGGCGCACCUGCCUUAAGCUUGACGAGCAUCAAAGCGUCACUGGCAACUUUUACCCGCUUGAGACCGUGUCUUCGGGUAUCCGAAGCCUCUUCCCGGACGCUCUUUUCGAUACUCGUGAGCUGAUUGAUGCUUGUGCGUUGCCUGGUACCGCCCUCAAUGGUGGCGGGUCCUUCCAGUUCAAACAGCAAGGUCCGCAAGUGUUGGUGAAGUUCCAGGAGCCGCAUGCCACGCCCGCACCGAUCGGUAUGCCAGUGUCGCCGCAGUCCAGACGUGCUGCACCCAGCUCCGCGUUCGGAUCGCAACCUGGGAUUUGGGGUUCUAUGACUGGUGUGUUCUAG